AUGUUCUUCCUCCGUCGUCCGCCGUCAGCUCCCGAUGAAAUCUACUCAUCCAGUCUCGCAACACUUCACCAGGGACACGCCCUCUGGUGCCCAGAGCCCAAUGAAUCCGGCGAGCCGCAGAUCGGAGACGUCGGCUUCAAAGUCACAUUCUGGGACCCACCAUUCGAGAUCACCGAACCCUUACCUCCAGGCGCACUCAAAAUCUACCGCAGGCAUCGACCCCUGGUCCCUGACCACUAUCGUAGUCAUGGAGUUGAGGUCAAGCAGAGAGGUGGCUCGGCGGGCUUAGCAGCUGGUGGCACUGUGUCGGCGACUCUGGGCGCGGACUACACAUGCAAAGCGUCCCAAGGCGCUGUUCUUGAGUUGAAGAGCGAGGCGUACGCCGAGGCAAUAUUCGAGAACUUGGAGCUGAAGCAGUACAUCCUUCGACACCACGGCGAAUGGCACAAGUAUGCCAAGGGCAAACUUCACCAAGACGUCAAGCGAGGGGAUAUUGUCAUGAUCUGUGGCUGGGUCAAGACCGAAGCCGAUUGGGCGGCGACUGCCUUCAGCAAUACCAGCACGAAUACCAGCAUCUCGGUCGGAGUCCAGGCCGGUGCCGUUGCGGGAGCAAACGCGGGCGCAUCGAACACAAGCUCUACGACUGGUCCGACGAUGCGGAGACAGGGCGAGAACUAUGCAAAGGCGUCUGGUCCUGCCGUAAAACCAUCCGAUACCCCUACGAACGCGUCCGAAGUCGUUGCGAAUGUGCCCGGUCUCAUCCUUCCAGAGCCGACGAGAGACCAGUCUGUCUUCGUCAGGCGCUACAAGGUUGAAACGCGGCUUGGAGUGCUGAAAGAAGUUGUCGCCGGUGCGGGCUAUCACCGGCUUCCAGAUGCAGGAGAUGGGAGGGGUGACUCGGCGGCGGAAGGAAUCGUCGGGCGAGAGGGAGGAACAGAAGAUAUCGAUGAGACGAGCAUUAUGGAACUUGGAAACGAGGGCGAGGUCCCUGAUCCAUUAGAUGUUCUUCUACGCUACAUACUCGAGACGACCGACGUCGAGACAGCUAUUGCGAGUGAUGACGAUGUCUGGAGCAUUGUCGGCGGCAAGUCAGUGAUUGAUUUCGCGAGCUACCUUCGUCAGAUGCAGCCUCCGGUACAGGUCGAUGGCAUGACCGGAUCGCUGUGUAUGGAAGAUGUUAUCUCUCACGAUCGAUCGCUCGCAUUUACUCGUCGGACCAUCACCAAGUCCGUCCUGGCGGAGUGGCCAGAUGCUGCCUUAGACGGAGCCGGUGGCUUGGAGGAUGGGCUCGUCUUCACCGGUCCCUCGAAAGCGGAGAUUCGGCCUCUCAAAUUGAAGCGAGCCACCUUCAGCGACCCACAAAAUCCAUCCGGUGGCUGCAAACAUACUGCUGUUUCGGCCGAUGGCACGCUCCUCGCGGCAUCGUUCGAGAGUACUGACGUUCUCGUAUGGCGACUAUCCGACGGUCUACUCGUCCAACGUUUGCAUCAUCAGGGCCAUCCGGGUUAUGUUCAGGCCCUCUCUUUUUCUCCCGUAGACUACACUCUUGUCUCAGGGUCCAAGGACAACACCGCAAUUGUGUGGGAUACUCGACAUGGCCGCGUACUUCUACGUCUGGAAGGAUACGGCUCUGGGCCAGUGCGCAGCAUUGCAUAUGCUCCCCACGGCACGUUCAUCGCCACCGGUUCCGAAGGCGACAACAGUUCCGUGAAGAUUUGGGACGCGUCGAGUGGAGCAUGCCUGCAUUCCUUCAGCGUCGAUGAAUACGUGUACAAUCUCACGUUCUCUCCGGACAGUUUAUGUCUCUGCGCCGAACUGAAAACGGCCUGCAACGUCUAUGACAUCUACUCCUAUACACACACUGCUACGUUACAGCAUGUUGCUGGGGAGAUGCUCUUCUUGUCGAUGUCCCACCAAGGCGACCGCGUAGUCACUGUCCCGGCCGACCCGGGACAAGUGAAAAUUUGGAGCGCGACGGCUGGCGAGGAGCUUCUCACCAUUGAUCAUUCAAACAAGCUCUCGAAGCCUGUGGCAUUCUCCUCCGACGGGGCCGAGGUGGUGGCGGCUUGUGAGGCGGACGCGGCAGCCAUCGCCUACGACUCGCGUACGGGCCAGGUCCGUCACAUCUUCAAGUUGACAAAGCCGGCAUAUCAAGCGACGUACUCCCCAGAUGGGGAGUAUGUCGCCUUUGGCGCCAAGGACGGAGAUCUCGAACUGUACGAUGCAAAGUCUGGGACAUUUCUUGCAAAGUUUGAUGGGCGUGAAGGGAGUGGGACGCUUUGGGUGAUGCCCUUUCUACCUGACAGUCAGACUAUUCUGGCACGGUCCAAGUAUGGCCCUCUAUCUCUGUAUAACAUCCAGGAUGUAUUGCGUAUGCGAUAACGUAGUAUUGUUGUAACAACGUCUGCAGUGCUCGGCUCAGCAUGCUAUAGCAGUGUAGAAUAGUAGGGCGCG